CGUACCUGCUCGGCGACGAGCUCGGUGCGGGUGGAUACGGUUUCGUCAUGACCGCUCGCCAUCGUACAGAGGGGAACGAGGUGGCGGUCAAGUUCAUCAUCAAGACUAAGGUGCCUGACCAUGCGUGGGUGGAUGACGGGUACGGUGGACGGGUACCAUCGGAGGUCAUGCUACUCGGUGGACUGGAACAUCCGAACAUCGUCAAGUGCUUUGAGCUUUAUGAGGACGAGAUCUACUAUUACAUGGUGCAAGAGCUGCAUGGCACGCCUUGGGUGUCGAAGAAGGACAAAAGGGUGAAGCAGCCGUCUGCUCCGGGAUCGCUCUCCGCGCCGUCGGUUUCCUCGCCGCCGUUGCUGACCCCUUCCUUGUCCACCGACUCGAUGCUCGACUCCGUACCGUCUACACCGUCCCUGUCGGCUGAGAGCCUGCGUGAUCUUCCUGCCGUCUCCAUCUCUCUGCAGAGUUCGGCAUCACCUGAGCAAGGCUCCGCUCUCUUCUCUCCAUCGCACGUCCAACACCCUUCUGCGCCGGCGGCACACGAGGUGGGAAAGGAGAAAUGCGAGGGAGGAGCAGAGGCGCAGGGUCUCCUCCGGCCGCCGCUCCCCUUGCCUCUCCAGGUCCGCCCUAACUUCACAAGACGCCCGUCGCAUGACCUCUUCGAGUGCAUCGAGCAGAGCAAGUAUAAACGUCUCUCUGAGAACCAGGCACGAUACAUCUUCGCCCAGGUCGUGGAGGCCGUGUAUUACUUGGACAGUAAGGGUAUCACGCAUUGCGAUAUCAAGGACGAGAACCUACUUGUAGACAGCGAUCUCAAGGUCAAGUUGAUUGAUUUCGGCAGUGCCGUCUGGGUGGACGACCCUUCCGCACCUCGGCCGUACUACCACCAAUUCUACGGCACUACCGCGUAUGCAUCCUCCGAGAUCCUGCGGAAAAUGCCCUAUCGCGCUCCCCCUGCUGAGACGUGGACGCUCGGUGUGCUGCUCUCCUACCUCCUCACGGGACAUUCGCCGUUCCCGACUGAACAGGACGCGAUGGAUGGCCGGAUCACUCUCCGCGAAUUGGGUUCUGCGCGGAUUAGUCGGGCAGCAAUCUCGCUCAUGCAGAGAUGCCUGGAGCGUGACCCUGAUCGUCGUGCUGAUAUCGUGGAAGUGCGCGGCCAUCGAUGGCUGGCGGGCGCGCUGGAGCGGGAUGGACUGGAUCAGUAGGCCUCGCCUCUCCUGAGCUCUACAUAUUGACCUUCCAGGCAUCAGGCACGUACCUAUUUUGGUUUGUUCAGCGUUUUUACCGCGUCUCCAGGCGUCUCCUCUUCGAUACAUUCAGAUCCCUUUUUACGUUCUUCUUUCUCAUCCUCAUCGUAUCUCAUCGCACGGACUUUGCAUAUGUGCGUUCAUACCUUUAUCACGUUUGGCUUCAUCACAUACCCUUCAGAGCUGUAUUUUUGGCAUCCGUGGCACCGUGGCCCUUCCCUUACUCGUAUAGCGUAAGUAGUACUGUAUCGUAGCUCAUCGUCAUGUAGACCCAAUUUGUGGAUAGCAGGUCUUGACAUGUAUUCCAUGCCUCUCGCCGGAGAUAGCUUAAGUUGGUGGCGUAGUGAACGGUGCAUCGUGAGGCCGAACGAAGUGCAGACAUGCUUUUAUGUCUGCGUCUGUCGAAGAGUUGGCUG